CCCCCUCCCACCUCCGUCCGCGCUCAUUGGCGCCCCUGGCCAAGAGGUUCCACAUGACAGCUGCUCUGACCAGCCUCGUACAGAAAAGCCAGGAGCAAGCUUCCAUGGACCCCGGGGGCAUCUUGAAGGCGUUUCCCAAGCGGAAGAAAAUUCAUACCAAUUCAUCACCAAAACUGUUUGCAAAGAUUCCCAAGAGGGAAGAAGGAGAAGCAGCAGGAGAGUGGCUCCGCUCCCUGCGGGUCCACAUUGUGCCCACUGGCAUCGGACGAGCCCGGGCAGAACUCUUUGAGAAGCAGAUUGUCCAGCAUGGCGGCCAGGUGUGUCCUGCUCAGGCCCCAGGGGUCACUCACAUCGUGGUGGAUGAGGACGUGGGCUGUGAGCGGGCCCUGCGCCUCCUGAGACUGCCCCGGCUGCCCGCGGGUGCUCGGCUGGUGAAGUCGGCGUGGCUGAGCUUGUGCCUGCAGGAGCAAAGGCUGGUGGACACGGCUGGAUUCCAGGUCUUCAUCCCCAGCAGGUACUUGGACCAACCGCAGCCCAGUAAGGCAGACGGAGACUCAUCUCCUCCUCCUGGCGCCCACGAGGCUCUGCUUAGCACAGCCCUCUCUCCUGCGUCCCCUCCCACCAGACCCGGAUCUCCUCCCCCAAAGGCAGGAAAGGCACCAAGCACCCAAGCCCAGCCCCCCUCUGAUGAUGAAGCCAGCGAUGGGGAAGAGCCCCAGGUUAGCGCUGCCGAUCUGGAAGCCCUGCUCAGCGGCCACUACCCCACCUGCCCUGAGGGAGAUGCGGAGCCCAGCCCAGCCCCGGAGGCCCUGGAGAAAUGGGUCUGUGCACAGCCCUCAAGCCAGAAGGCAACCAACCACAACUCCCACAUCACGGAGAAGCUGGAAGUGUUGGCCAAAGCCUACAGUGUCCAGGGAGACAAGUGGAGGGCUCUGGGCUAUGCCAAAGCCAUCAAUGCCCUCAAGAGCUUCCCCAAGCCUGUUUCCUCCUACCAGGAGGCCUGCAGCAUCCCCGGGGUCGGGAAGCGGAUGGCUGAGAAGAUCGUGGAGAUCCUGGAGAGCGGGCACCUGCGGAAGCUGGACCACAUCAGUGAGAGCGUGCCUGUCCUGGAGCUCUUCUCCAACAUCUGGGGAGCCGGGACCAAGACCGCCCAGAUGUGGUACCAACAGGGUUUCCGGAGCCUGGAAGACAUCCGCAGCCAGGCCUCGCUGACUACCCAGCAGGCCAUCGGCCUGAAGCAUUACGAUGACUUCCUGGAACGCAUGCCCAGGGAGGAGGCCGCAGAGAUCGAGCAGACGGUCCGGGAAGCUGCCCAGGCCUUCAAUCCCGGGCUGCUAUGUGUGGCCUGCGGCUCGUUCCGGCGGGGCAAGGCGACCUGCGGUGACGUGGACGUGCUCAUCACUCACCCGGACGGCCGGGCCCACCAGGGCAUCUUCAGUCGUCUCCUUGACAGCCUUCGGCAGCGAGGGUUCCUCACAGAUGACCUGGUGAGCCACGAGGAGAAUGGCCAGCAACAGAAGUACCUGGGCGUGUGCCGGCUGCCGGGCCCCGGGCGGCGGCACCGGCGACUGGACAUCAUCAUCGUACCCUACAGCGAGUUUGCCUGCGCCCUGCUCUACUUCACUGGCUCCGCCCACUUCAACCGGUCCAUGCGGGCCCUGGCCAAGACCAAGGGCAUGAGCUUGUCGGAGCACGCCCUCAGCAUGGCUGUGGUCCGGAACCCCCGCGGCUGCAAGGUGGCACCUGGCCAGGUGCUGCCCACCCCCACCGAGAAGGAUGUCUUCAGGCUCCUAGGACUGCCCUACCGAGAACCAGCCGAGCGGGACUGGUGACCUGCCGCUGCCCAGCCAGGUGCUGCUCCCCUCCAGCUCAGCAGGCCCCCAGCUGUCCUUGGUGAGCCUGAGCUUGGGGCUCCUGGGCCUGAGGGAAGGGGCCAGCGUGGCCCCUGAGGCUGGCCUAGCCCUCUCCCAGACACAAAGCGCCGUCUCCCCGUUCCUUCUGCCUCACCACGGCCCCUGGUAGGGUUGGCACACAGUCCUUGCCCCGUUUUCAGUGGCAGCAGGUGGCUGGUUUGCUCCCUUCCCUGCCUGGAGAGGGUCUGGCUGUCAGGGAUGGGAGGGAAGCAGCUGGGGCGCCAGCAUCGUCCGGGACCCUUUGGAGCAGAGAGCGAGGCAUUCUACACACAUUCCCUCCACACUCCACUUCCUGUGCAGCUGGAGGAGCUGGGAGGGGGCCCCAGGCUCGGUGAGGACAGCAUUUGAAGGCCCAGGGGCCCAGUAAAGUGCAUUUGACA